AAGAGUAGCCAGUAGACCGACAGCGCAGGCGCGAGUCCACGACAGUCGGUGAUGUAUCACUGGAGCACAUCGUCUUCAGCUCCUUGUUAUAGCAACAGCGGCAGCGGCGGCGGCAAUGGUCCCUUGCUCCCCUCCAUGGCGUCCAGCAGCUACGGUGAUCUGCUGAUGUUGCAAGAGCAGCAGCAGCAGCACUACUACUCCCAGUCGAUGCAGCGUGUGAUGAGCGCCGGAGACCUGCAAGCUCUGCCGGGGCCGGGGCCGGGGCCGGCUCCGGUGGGGCGGUACAGCGCGGAGGAGCGGCGGGAGCGCAUCGAGAAGUACCGCACCAAGCGCAACCAACGCAACUUCCAGAAGAAGAUCACGUACGCUUGCCGGAAGACGCUCGCGGACAGCCGGCCGAGGGUGAAGGGCCGCUUCGCGCGCAACGUCGACGACGACGCAGCAGCAGAUCAGCCGGAGGAUCCGACGACGACCACGACGACGGCGGACGUGUCUCUGCUCAACGACGCCGGCAGCAGCAGCAGCAUGCCGCCGGAGUGGUGGCCGGCAAUGCAGGGCGCGCUGGCCGUGGAGGACGACGAGCUCAUCGCCUCCUACCUUGCCGUCUCCUCCAUCAACCUCUACUAGUAGCUAGCUACCUCCUUAAUUGCUCCUCGCAUCGAUCUAUAUAGUACUAGUUACCUAAUUUAUCGUCUACCUUCUCUGUCAACAAAAAAGCUGGCUAUAUGUACUG